GAUGACCAGAGACUGCGGACAGUACAGGAGAUGACCAGAGACUGCGGACAGUACAGGAGAUGACCAGAGACUGCGGACAGUACAGGGGAUAACCAGAGACAGCGGACACAGUACAGGGAACGACCAGAGACUGCAGAAAAAGUAAAGGAGAUGACCAGAGACUGCGGACACAGUACAGGAGAUGACCAGAGACUGCGGACAUAGUACAGGAGAUGACCAGAGACUGCGGACACAGUACACGAGAUGGCCAGAGACUGCGGACACAGUACAGGAGAUGACCAGAGACUGCGGACACAGUACAGGAGAUGGCCAGAGACUGCGGACA